ACCCUCAAAAUAUUUCCCUCUCGCUCGCGACUCGAAACGCAGUAAUGUAAUGUCCAUUGUAAAAUAACGUCCUAUUGCAAUUUGUAGCAUGCAGUUCUCUACCUCAUUGUCUUCGUCCUACAGUUUACCAGAGACGGAGAAUAAGUAACGCGACUGCCGCGACAUAAAAUUUGUAGUACAAUAUAUAAUUUUGAGCCACUCUUACAUUUUGACGUCAUGUCCCGGAAAAAUGUACUGCCUCUUGUAUGUCCUACUCAACAUUAUUUCAACGUAAAUUGUCAUAUUUACGUUGAGAAAAUACUCUAAUACUCUGUUGACAAAAUACGGAAGACUAGGCAGUAUGGUCGUAAGACUAUAGCCAGUCCUCUGAGGACGAAUAAAAAAAAACUGAUGAAAGUUGACGUUUUAGAUCGAUCUUGAAAUCUAAUAUUUUAUUUCGUUUUCUAAACAAAAUAAAUACAAAAUGAUGGCGAACGAUACGCCUGAAAGUGAUUUUUCAAUAGAAUGUUUUCAAAACUAUACCGCGCCCGAGGUUUUUGUGCAGGGACUAGCGGGAAUGGUGGACCAGACCGACGUGGAAAUUAUUAUUAGAGCGCAGAAAAAUAUGCUUCAGCGUUUCGAAAAGACCACGGAAAUGUUAACAAACUGCAACCAACUAUCAGCAAGUCGUCUCAGAGCUGCUUCUGCCGAGUUUAAAAAACACACACAACUACUAUUGGAAAUGAAGAAAGAUCUGGAGUUCAUAUUCAAGAAAAUUAGAGCUAUAAAAACUAAACUGAGCUCACAAUAUCCAGAGGCGUACAAGGCAGCAGUGGCAGCCGCCAUAGCCAACCGCCCACCACCCCAAGAAGAAGACGAUGACUUUAAACCAGAUCAGAAGAUGGAGUCGAAAAUGGUAUCCACAGUAUCCACAGAAACAUUGAAACCAACUACAAGUUACAGCAAGAAAUCAAAGAAGAAAGAAUUGAAAGACGAUGAAAGUAAUAACAAUGAUUCACUUGCUAACAUGAGGAGUAAGCAAAAUGUUGGUAAGAAGUUAAAGAGUAGUAGUUCAUCUGAAACGGAUAGUGUUAGCUCUGGGGAUGAUAGUAGUACUGAUACUGGUUGAAGGCUGUAUGGCCAUGUUAUAUGAUGUUAUUUGCUGGAUGAAACAGAUAAAAAUUACAAUACAGUAGUGUUGAUUAUCCGAACAUCAAUAUACCAAACAGCUAGGGUCGGUCAGACAGACCCCAAUUAAGGGUAUUAAAUAUUAAUUAAAUAUGUUUAUUAUCUUAGUCUCUCUGUAUGUCAUGACUUACCAUUUUCAUAAACAACAUUAAUAUUAUAAAUGUAACUUUUUAUUUGUAUAUUGGCAUAUAAAAGUAUUAGAAUAAUCCAGUUUUCUGAACAUCCAUGUCCCCCAUUAAUUCAGAUGAUCAUAGCUCUACCCUACACAACUCUACUACUAGUUUGCUGAUCUGGUGGGAAAAUUGGUAAGGGUUAGUCACAACUGUCCGUGAACACCCACAGUCUGAGAAAUACUGGGCAUCCCAUGCUCUGUAUCAACUAAGUAGUUUACUACGAGACGGGAGCACAACUCUGACUGAUCAGCCCAUUUAUUAUGAAAUUAUCUAGACUAUGAUACCUUGAAUAAUAUAUAUUUGUGUAUUAUUCCACAAUGUAAAUAUUAUCAAACUAAUUUAUAUCUCUUUGAAUUAGCAAAUGAUAAAUUUGUGAUCCAAGUCAUGAUCUCUUAUGUAUUUAUGUAAGGAAAUAUAUGAAAAGCUAGAAUGUUGUCAAUUUUCUAGUUUAAUAUCAAUUGUGUGUUGUAAUCCUAUCAUAACCUGAUUGCUAAAGGGUAACUAAGUAAAAUAUUAGAGGAAUGUAUAGUGAAGGUAAUGUUUAGGUAAGACCAUCAAACUGCUAUAGUAGUAUAGUAAUAUUAAACGCUUGUGAAUAACUACAUGUGUGGGAUUCAUUAUUAUAAUAGUUUACAAUACAAAGGUAUAAUAUUUGGCUGUGUUCUUUAAUAUAUUAUGCUAUGUUAUUAUUGUUGUAUGUUCAGUACCAAUACAUUACGCGCCAUACUGACACACUUUAUUAGCCAUAUUUUGUAAUUCGGUUAUUGCACAUCCAGAGUGAAUGCCCAUUUUUUUUAGUUUAUUUCUACAUAGAACUAUUUUAUAUUAUUACUAUAUUUAGAAAAGAUGUUACAAAAAGGUGCAUUUCAAAAUGAGUAAAUUCACUGACAUUUUGGAAACAAUUAUAAUUAAAAUAUGGUUAUUAAAUGCUAAAAUUAAGUGAUGUGUGAUCUCUGUGCAGCAGAUGGCCUUUUAAGGUACCAAGUGCAAUGGCAUAUAAUACUUUGUAAUUUAGUUUUUGUUGAUAUUAUUACUGACUAUUGAUGUGCAAUCACCUCACCUCAUAAUUUAUAGCAUAAAAUAGUAUUAAUUAUAUUGUAAUUAUGUUUGAAAUAAUAAUUUAAUGCUACAAUUAAUAAUUCGGCCUAAAUUUCCACUGUUAUAUGAAAUUUCACAAAAUCUAAGGUUAAUCAAAAACAACAGACUGAUUCCUAAAAUAUUUGUUUUUGUCAAGCAAAAUGUAAUUUUAGGUAUUAAGUUCUUUAAAUUAUAUGAAAUGCUAAUAUAUAAUGUCUCAAAUAUCAUAGAAUAAUACAUUAUUAUUAAAUUCAAUGGUUUAUUUAAGCAACUAUUAAGUGUAUAAUAACAUUGAAUAAAUAUUUACCUCAAUA